UGACGCAAGGCGUAUUUUCGACGAAUUUACUUUUCUAAUUUCUAUAAAAGUGAUACUAAAAACAUAAUAUUGUUUUGUUAGAAAAGUUAUAAUAUGUCUGCAAAUAUAUUGAAGUACUUAGUAUGCUAAUGGUUUAAAUGUUUACGUAAUUGUCGGUAGUUUUCUUAUGAGUUUUGGUAAUCAUGUAUUUCACUGUCGGUUGGCCAAGAGUGCUUAACCUGGAUUUCCCUGGUGAGAAAUCAUCUAUAAAUCACAUUUGCUGUGAUGCUGUUAAAAUAUUAGUUGCGGCUGUUGGCGACGAUUUUGUUGGUAUAUGGUAUGCAAAUCCAUUAAUUCCAAUAACUUUUUAUCGCCGUGAUGAAGACUCCAUAGCUCAAGUGGGUAAAAAUAAAGUGAUUAUAUGGAAACCAGAUUCUCGACAGUUGGCUAUACUUACGAAUUUGGGCGUCAUAAUUCUUUAUCACAUAGAAUUUGACGCACAUGGAAGUGGUAUUUUAACUCAGAUAGAUCCGCCAACAUCAAGUUUGAGAAGGGAUUCGGCAGAACUUUUCAUAAAAGAAAAUGUCCCAAAACUUAGUUUACGAGAGCAAUGCAAUAUCAAGUUAGAUGCUCCAAUCACAACAAUAUGUUGCAUAAGCCUUACAGAAUUACUUCUAGCAACGAAUCAGUGUGACCUUAUACGUGUUCAAUGGACGGAUUUAGAUGCGGAUAUAGUAGGGGAAAGUGGAGAAAAGGCAUUGGCAUUGCACUCAUCCGUAAAUUUGCGUGAUAUUCCAUUUUACGUUAAUCAAAAUUCUCAUUUGAAAAGUAUUCCACCAAUAGGAGAUAAUUCAUAUGUGGCAGCAUUGGAGUAUUCGCCAUUUAUUGGAGGCUGUGCAGCAAUUUUCAGCGACAAUCGUGCAGCAUUUCUGAUUGCAAUGCAUUUGCGUUUUGAGCCACAAAAUAUGCAUGGCUUUUGGGUACCGGAUGUGGAAGAUGCCUCGAUUUGUAGUGUUAAUCACAAGUUCCGACUCUUGGCAUAUGGCCGUAAAAAUUCAGAUGUGACUGUAUAUGCCAUUGAAGAUACUACCGGAGGUUUGGAAUAUUCACAUAGGCUAUCUCUCAAUUCGAGUGUAAUGCCAGGAUCUUUGGGUCCUGUACGCGAACUGAAAUGGAGUCCCGACGGUUGUGUGCUUAUUGUCGCAUGGGAGAAAGGAGGAAUUUCACUGUGGAGUACAUUUGGCGCAUUGCUUAUGUCAUCUUUAAGUUGGGAUUUUGGUCUACACGUUGACUUAAUGCAUCAUAAUCCGUUGCAGGUGAAGAGGAUGGAAUGGUCGACAGAAGGAUAUCAUCUUUUCAUGUCAUGCAAGAAAAAGGUUACAGGGGCACACAUGGAAAAUGACGAAGAUAUUUGUGAAGUUUUGCAGUUGAACUUUAUUAAGAGCACAAUGUCCAUGAAUCCUUGUAUGGCGUCUCAUUCACAUGUUUUACUACAAGGUGAUGAUACGUUGUAUAUAAACCAGGGAGAUAAUUUAGAAAAAAUUUAUUUUGGCUCAAAAUUUACAUUCCCCAACAAUAACAAAGAACCAACAAAAACAGAUUGUUACAAGGAUGAUAGUAUGGAAGUAAAAAAAUCAGUCGAUAUCUCUAGCAUUCUCUCAGAAAGUAAAUUGUGGAACGUUAUACAACUUCCCCUGACUUAUGCGGCUAGUAAUUGGCCAAUUCGAUAUUCCGCAAUUGAUAUGGAUGGCACACAUUUAGCAGUGGCCGGUAGGACUGGGCUGGCCCAUUAUUCAAUGAUGACAAAAAAAUGGAAACUGUUUGGGAAUGAAUCGCAAGAAAAAGAUUUCGUGGUGUCUGGCGGCUUGCUUUGGUGGAAAGGUUUUAUUGUAAUGGGUUGCUAUUCUUUGUUAGAUCGAACAGACGAAAUACGCUGCUAUCCAGAGGAGUGCAAGCUGGAUAAUCAGUUUGGCAAUAAAAUUCAGGUACGCGCGCCAGUCAUUUCCUUAAAUAUGUUCCGAGACCAGCUGAUUGCACUGACUGCUGAUGGCAUAGUUAGCCUAUUUGAGCUAAAAAAGAAUGGUGCUUAUUCCAUAAGUGUCAACUGUGCUUACGAAGUAGACGUAAAAAGUAUAUGUAUUCACCCGGCGUGUAUUGUGUCACUUACUGUUACAAAUCUUCGUAAUGAUCUAACGAUGAAGUCAGCGUCUAUAUCAAGUGAUGCAGCCGAGACAAUAAUUGUUAACGUUUGUGGGCGUAUUUUAAUGAUCCAACGUGAUUCGCGCAAUAGUGUUAUAAAUUCACUGAUGGCUUCCUGUCUAGCUUCGUGUGUUGAGUGUUUUUGGCUCUCCAAUGCAUUGGAAAAGAGCCCCAUGCGUGAUUGCUUGUGGUUAUAUUCUGGUGCGCAUGGAAUGAGAGUAUGGCUACCUAUCUUGCCGCCUAUAAAUGAGCAGAUACAUGAAGGGCCACACCGCUUACAUACAUUCAUGUCGAAGAGGAUUAUGUUAUCGUUUCCUUUAAAGUUGUACCCUCUGGUGAUUCUUUUUGAUAAUGUAAUUGUGCUGGGCGUCGAGAAUGAAACCACAUUGUACACUAGCGAAGCGAGCUCCCAUUUCGCCCUUCCUUUCUGUUUAAUGGAACGUAAAUCUCAAGUUUAUUUGCAUAAAAUACUCCGUCAGUUAAUUAAAAGAAAUCUUGGCUAUAGUGCAUGGGAGAUUGCGAAAUCUUGCAGGUCCUUGCCAUAUUUUCCGCAUUCUCUUGAGUUGCUACUUCAUGAAGUGCUCGAGGAAGAGGCUCUGAGUAAAGAUCCGAUUCCAGACGCGUUACUACCAAGCAUUCUUGAUUUCAUUCGAGAAUUCCCCGUUUACCUCCAAACAAUAGUUCAAUGUGCGCGCAAAACGGAAAUCGCGUUAUGGCCGUACUUGUUUUCAAUGGCAGGUAAGCCGAAGGAUCUAUUUCAACAGUGUUUGCAGUCUGAGGAGUUAGAAACUGCUGCCAGUUUUCUAAUUAUCCUUCAGAAUUUGGAACCUUCCAUAAUAAGCAAGCAAUAUGCAACAUUGUUGCUCGACAUUGCGCUUCAAAAUUGUAAAUGGGAGCUUGCAAAAGACUUAAUACGUUUUUUGAAAGCCAUUGAUCCUAAUGAAAUUGAUUCGCCCCGUUCUUCAAUGGUUGUAAAUAUGAAGAUCGCACCACCUUCGCAAACCCAAUCACAAGUUAAUCAAAACGCCGAUGCCUUCAAUAUGAUUUUGGGACCUAUUGCGCGAGAGCGCAGUUUUUCGACAACUGUUACUUCCAAUUUACCCAAAGAGAAAAAGGAAAAGCAAGGAUCAAUAGCAAAUCCCUCCAAUUCCAAUACAACGGCUUCAAUAGGAGCUGUCAACGAAACAACGACAUCGUCGCUUCCAAACAACGGUGGAUCUUCGGUGGUGCGCCGUAAAAUGGAGCGAAGUAAUUCAGCAAAGGACCGUAAGGAAAUAUUUUGCAUCGAAACCAUUCUUCAAAACCAUGCUCGCAAGCUACUACAAAAGCACAAACUAAUACAAUUGGGCUAUAUGAGUGCGUUUUUAGAUUUUCACUUGGUGACAUGGCUAUCGCAAGAAAUAGAUCGGUCGGCAAGACUUGAUGAUUACGUGGAAGCACUAAACUGCUUGCAUGAGGAAUUAAAACUGCCACCAGCUCUUUUGCAUCCAACACCCGAAGAAUCUGGAUUGUCGUUAGCCACGGAUUAUACUCAAUUGAAAAAGCACUUUACAAUCGACAAUCCACAUUCGGUUUUGUUGCAUCCAUCCAGUCAUACUUCUGAGUCAGGUUACUUUAGCUUGGCUCUAAUGGAUACACCAACAAGUAUGAACAAUGGAAAUGCUCUGCAAAACAAUAUAACAGCUAUAAAGGAACACGAAGAACACCGAUAUACGAAUCCACAUAUAACUGACUACGUAAAAUCACGGUCAAAUUCGCAGGCAUCAUUCGAUAAUUCCCGGUACCAUCCAACAUUUGCUUUACAUGGCGACUUGACAAACGUAUACUCAUUGAAUUUUGAAAAUUCUUCAUUAAGUGAUAACGGUUAUAGAAUACUGUCAGAAAAAUUGAGUAUUAAAAUUCGUUAUUUGCUGCAAUUGUUUAUUGAGGCCAACUGUACCGACUAUGCGUUAGUUUUGUCUAUAUUGCUUCAAGACGCAGCUUCCAUAGGUCGAAUUAUCAACGUAAUGAUUCGGUCAGAAUCGCUUAUAACUUGUCAGCGAAUAGAUGGAGCACUUAAACGUUUAACACAGUGGUCUUUUGACCGAGAAUGCCUCUACCGCCCAUUUAUGAUUUCACUUCAACCGCAUAUAUAUCAUCUAGAUCAGUAUAUUAGCUCAGUUACCAGCAAAUAUUCUAAGCACCACAACAUUGAAGAGGGAGAUGUAUCAUUAGGUAGUCUUCCCGAUAACAAAGUGGAAAGCUCAAGUAAUAUGGCCCAAUCUAUGCAUAUCACAAAUAUUAAUCCGAAUUGGAAUUUAGAUAACUUUGCUCCAGAAGGUCCAUGUAUUCGGCAGUCCAGCAUUGAUUCUAGCGGGAGUGCAAAUAUGACCAACGGAAAUAAUUUAAGGCGGUUGUCGAAAGAUCAGUCAAGUCGCAAUGAGACGGGUGCAUGUCGACUAAUGUAACUAAACAAUUUUCCCGUAAAUUGUCAAUUACAUGCGCCUAGUACUUAUGCAACAUUACGAAUUUGUCAUCUGAGCGUAUGCACUCGUACAUAAAUGUUCUUUUAAAGCAAUAAAUGCAUAUAAAAACUUAGGGUAAUUAUACAAUAGCUGUUAAAGAUUACUAAGAAUACUGUUGUCAAAUUUUAAGUAAAAACUAAUAUAUAUAAUUCUUGUUUAUACCCGUGUACAUAAAUUUAAAUCCAUAAUAUUCAUUAAAAAGGAACUUCCUGUAAGUUGUAAAGGUAUCAAAA